UCGCCAUUCAGCUCACCAUCCAAGUCAGCCUUCGCAUCUGGAACGCCAAGCCGCCAUUCCAUAGUGUGUGAUCGAUCCCUGCAGGAAAUAGAAACACAAUGGUAAGGCCCUCUGAACCUCCUCAUUCAUUAUCAGCUCCAUGUCAAAUGCCAUCAACGAAUGUAUGUGCAUGCCUAUUGCAAAACUGAAGAAACAAAGAAUCAGUGAUUGAGAUGCCAACUGCAAAGCAUGAUCUAACAUAGUAAUAACAUGAAAGGUGACACCUUAGUUCGUUACCGACAUAACCGUUUUACCCAUGGAAGGUAAUCUCUGGCAGGGAGAUCUGCUGAACUAGCGGUCUCUGAGGCUAUAUUUGGUAUUUAUAUUUAAGCCACCCAUAUGUAAAUGCUUAUGCAAAUUAUAUACUAUAUCAGAUGGUAGUUACUACCUACUGAGAUGAAUUUCCACCCCAUGUAAAUUAUGACUUAACUGUACUUUUAAUAAACUACCUUUACGAGUUACUCCACUCUACAAUUGAUUUACGAGUUACUCCACUCACAACUUUACUCAAUUGACUCCUUAAAUUCAUAGUUUAAUUAUUGAACCUUCUGCCCUAUAAAAACUUUACAGAAGCGAUUCACUACAUUUAACAAAAAAAAAUGCAACUGUGAGAUGAUUCAUUACAUAACCAAGGUCCAUUCUCUUCCACCUAUUGUUUGCGGUUUGAUUGAACGUUUCACACUCUAAUGGAAACCUGAGUAUGUGCUCUGAUUACUUGAAGGUUGAUAGCUCUAAGUCAAUAACUCAUAAAUUUCCUUAUACAGUGCGUGUUUUCAGAAUUUCUCUUACAAGAAUACGAUUAAUGGAAGAUUAAAUUUCUCUUAUAUUUAGGCCUGAUAGAAAAGACAGAGAGUAGAAGGAUAUAUGAUGUACUCUACAUCAGUUUUGGUUUCACAUACUAAGUUCGUUGUUUACAAUGCAGUUCUAGACAAUGUUGUGUAUGGGACAGUCCGACUUUUGUACAAAAAUCAAACACCCAACCAACCAGUUGAGUGCAACGGCAGAUUUAGUUCCAACUUUGAUGACUUCCCACACAGCAUGGCAAAUACUCCUGGGUGCUAUGCCUCUUCUCUGAAAUUCAUGGAUCCAACUAACAAGUAUAAUGAUUUGGAUUUACUAUUCCACCCAACAAGCUCCAUUGACCAUUUUCCACCAGCGGCAACUACGGUUAACAAUGAUGGCUAUGUUGCAUCGAGCGCAUCCUCUUCGAGUAAAAUACAUGCUCCCCAAUCCUGUGAAGUCAGUAGCAACAUGACACCAGAUUGGUAUGGAACCAACGUGGCAGAAUAUUCAGAGGAAAGUUGGAUCAACUCAGAUAUAACCCUCAAAUACAUAAACAAGCUGUUGAUGCAGGAGGACAGCGAUGAAAAGUCUAAAUCACAUCAUGGUGAGUCUGCACUUAGAGCUAUGGAGGAGCCGUUGUAUAGACUUGUUGGACAAAAUUAUCCAGCUAAUACUCAACUACUACCAGUCUGUAGCUGUGAUCACCCGAAUACUCUUGACGGUAGCAUCAGUAAGUUUAAUGGGCCGUCAUGCAGUAACUGCCCUGCAGCUAUUAGCUCAGGUAAUAAUCACUACAAUCACAACUUGCAAGCUUUUGAAGCUCCAUGGCGUUUGUCUGACAUUGUUGGAGAGACAAGACAGUUCACUCAGGAUACAUACACAACGGAGCUUGGUUUGAAUGUUGGUGGACUUGCCAUUGUCGAAAACAAUAGUAGAUAUAAUCAAUCACUUCAGUUCAAUGUUGGAGUGUCAAGAAAGCAUGCAGAGGCUCAGUGUCGGAAAAUGAAUUCGCACAAGGAAGACCUUGAUUUGUUAGAAGGAAGGAGUAACAAGCAGUUUGCAACUUCUUUCAAUGAGCCGACUCGAGACGAGAUUUUCGAUAAAGUUCUACUCUGCUUUGAGCAUGAACCAGUUGAUCAAGGUAUUGUUUUACAAAAAGCUAUGUCAAGUCGAUCAACCAUAAAUUCACAGACUGACCAGGGAAGAACAUCAGCUCAGCGAAAUAAAAAAGGUAAGAAGCAACAGAGGAAAGAGAUGAUGGAUCUCAGAACCCUCCUCAUCCACUGUGCACAAGCAGUAUCUGUAAAUAAUCAUACCUUAGCGAGUGACAUUUUGAGCAUCAUUAGGCAACAUGCUUCAACGAGUGGGGAUGAUUCUCAGAGGCUAGCAUUUUGCCUAGCGGACUGCCUUGAGGUACGAUUAGCUGGAACUGGAAGCCAACUGUAUCACAAAUUGAUGGCUAAAAGAAGGAAUGCAGUGGACAUUUUAAAGGUAUUCAAUUUGAGUAUAGCAAUAUGCCCUUUCUUGAGGGCACCAUAUUAUUUCUCAAAUAAGACCAUCAUUGAUGUCUCAAAGGGAAAACCUCAGGUGCACAUUAUCGAUUUUGGCAUUUGCUUUGGUUUUCAAUGGCCAUCACUAUUUGAGCAACUCGCAAAGAGGGAAGGUGGACCUCCUAAGGUUAGAAUUACAGGCAUUGAGCAACCCCAACCAGGUUUUCGACCAAAUGAAUCGAGCAGGAAUGCAGGACAGCGAUUGGCUGAUUAUGCUAGCAUGUUCAAUAUAUCUUUUGAAUAUCAGGGAAUAUCAUCAAAAUGGGAAACCAUAAAGAUAGACGAUUUCAAUAUUGAAAAAGAUGAUGUGCUCAUAGUCAACUGUAUAUACCGCCUGAAGAAUCUUGCUGAUGAAACAGUAUCCAUAAACAGUGCCAGGAAUAGGGUUCUCAAUACCAUAAGAACGAUGAAGCCCAAAGUUUUCAUCCAUGGAGUUGUGAAUGGAUCAUACAGUACCCCCUUCUUUCUAACACGUUUUAAAGAGGUCAUGUACCACUACAGUGCACUGUUUGAUAUUAUAGAUAAAACUCUUCCACGGGAUGAUGAGGCAAGAAUGAUCCUAGAGAGGGAUAUCUAUCUUCCUGUUGUCCUAAAUGUCAUUGCAUGUGAAGGUUCAGAAAGGAUCGAGAGACCAGAGAGUUACAAGAAGUGGAAGCUACGAAACAAGAAGGCGGGCUUUGAGCAGUUACCACUGAAUCCGGACACCGUGAAAGGAACAAGAGCUAUGGUGAAACAAUAUCAUAAAGAUUUCGUCACCAACGAAGAUGAUCAAUGGCUACUGCUGGGAUGGAAGGGAAGGAUACUCUAUGGAAUAGCCACAUGGAAACCUUGUGAGUCAAACAAUGGCGACUGAGACCAAAGAUGUGCUACCG